AUGGCCUGGCAAUAUCUCGUACUGGACGUUUUACUCAAUGACUCUCAUGAACGCUGGGCGAAAGGCAGACAUUUGUCGCAUUUAGAUGUGCCUGAUGGCCUUUUGAGUAUGAAUACUGUGGCGCAGAUGGUUGGCUCUUUUCUUGUGACACGUUUAUCCUUGGACUUGAUUCAUAGAUCGUUAUCGGUCUUCUGUGUUGCUACAUUUUUGAGUGCUCCUCAUGACUGGCCAUCUAUGUUUGGGAUUUGUUUUGGGGCUAAUGUGUCUAAAGUAAAUUCUGGCAUCAAUUGCUUCGUUGGCCGUUCACAAGUCUUCUCCAUGGGUAUCCGGCUUCGGGACUCUAAUGCUCCUGUGUUUUUUUUCUUUACGGGAGUUGGUGUCCUCAUUGAAGAGGCGUUCCAGAACAGUUUGCGCGGGAAACUACCAGGUCCUACAGAUCCACAGAGCUUGAGUUUCAUGUUAAUGAAAAGGAUUGUCGGCUAUAUAUGGGUCUUAGUAUGGUUGGGAAGUUCGGGAUCCUAUCUCAUCUAUCAAACGGUGACCAUUGCUAUUGUAAAUAGAUCUGUGGGAGUGCCUUAUAGCAUGGUGGAAAGCGUCGGUUUACAGAAAACUGGUGCGCUUAUUGGGACUGUGAUCCGAACUAGUUCUGAUCAUGAAUAUUCUCCUCACUCGAACAAUAAAAUCGACCAACCCAGAGGAAUGAUUGAACUCGGACUUAGCCGCAUAUCGCGCCUCCUCCAGCAGACUCCUCUGUCAUGGAAGGCCAUCCACAUCGCCGGGACUAACGGCAAAGGCUCAAUCAGCGCCUAUGUGUCUCGUCUUCUGGCCUCCGGGGGUGUCCGAUGUGGCCGUUUUACCUCUCCUCACUUGAUCGACCGGUGGGAUUGUAUUACAAUUGAUGAAAAGGUGGUGCAAGAGUCUCUGUUCCGGCAGAUCGAGGAAGAGGUAAAGCUGCGGGAUCAGAUACUGGGGAUUGGGGCAAGCGAAUUUGAACUUCUGACUGCGACGGCUUUUGAGAUCUUCAACCAUGAGCGGGUUGAGGUCGGUGUGGUUGAAGUUGGUAUGGGUGGACGACUGGAUUCGACGAACAUUCUGAGCAAUGUGCUGGUUUCCGUUAUUGCGAAAAUUGGACUGGACCAUCAGGCACUGCUUGGAAACUCCAUUGAACAGAUUGCUAGCGAAAAAGCCGGAAUUCUAAAGCCUCAUAUUCCCUGUGUGGUCGAUGGCACCAACUGCCCGGAAGUUAUCACGACGCUCCAAAGCCGUAUACAGGAGCUGGAUCUGAAAGGAGACUUUGUACACCCCGAUGCGGUCGAAAUCCAGGCUCCAUCUUUGGCUCGUAUAUUCGAGAAACUGGAUCUCUUGCCCCAUCAGCGUGCGAAUAUGUACUGCGCUGUCUCGGCCAUCCAGCUCGCUUUGCCGAAACUACGUCCAGGACUCGAUGUUGAUUCAUUGCUUCCCCACCUAUCGGAAGUGAAUUGGCCUGGACGUCUACAAGGAAUUGUACUCAAACCAUUAAUCGCCCGUAAAGAACCUAUCUUGCUGGAUGGUGCCCACAAUGCUCAAUCGGCCCAAGUACUCGGAGAAUACGUGGAGCGCAAACUCCGUCCUCAGCGGAAUAACGUUACCUGGGUUAUCGCAGCAUCACGGGGAAAGGAUUUGGCGGAAUUAUUCGGUGCGUUCAUUAAACCUGGAGAUAAAGUCGCAACCACAGCAUUCGGCCCUGUGGACGGGAUGCCGUGGGUGAAGGCAGUGGACCCUACGGAACUGGCUACGUGCGUUCAAUCAUUCUCAGAGAUUCAACAAGUCAAGGCUUUUGGCAAGAACAUACCCGCUUCGAUCAAUUGGGCUAGCGAGGUUGCCAAUGGUGGACCAUUGGUCAUUGCUGGUAGCCUUUAUCUGGCAUCGGACGUUCUUCGUCUCUUGCGCGAGGCACAGGCAUCUGUCGGAUCAGGGAGAGGGACGUGCUAG